AUGGGUUCUCGUGAGCCCAGGCCAUUUUGGGCGACUAUGGCCAGAUUGAAAAUCUCACAAUGGUGGUCCAAGCUGGAUUUGGACAGCCGGACUAUGCUCAUGAUGCUGAAAGGCGCCUUAGCACCUACAAUCACGAUCGCAAUUUACCAGAGUGAUUCUAUAUCCCAUAUAACGACAACGAUUGGCUACCUCUCGGCUUUGAUGUCAGUAGUGGCGCAAUGUCUCAUGCCCCGAGCAAAGUUCAUCAAGAUCAUGUUCUUUAACUUAGUGGCUGUAUGUGUCUCUGCAUCACUAUGUUGCCUGGCCGUCCUCUGCGCGGUGAAAGCCAGAGAACAUAACACCGCCGCUGAUGCAAGCGAAAGCGUUCGCACUGGAUAUAGCAGCGAUGCGUGCGCAGUUGCCGCUAUAUGGUUGAUCAUAAUGAUUUGGGGUGCUAAUGCCCUCCGUGCAUUGAAACCAAUGGAGCUUCAAGACACCAUGGUUGCCUUCUCGAUCUUUGCUUCAGUCACCAUAACUCGUGCCGGAACAUUUGUCACGCUGGACGAUGGCCUUGAAUUUAUUGCGCGGCUUUUGAAGGGAUUCCUCAUUGGAUUUGCCAUUGCGACUGGGGUGUCAUUAUUUGUUUUCCCGAUCACCAGCCGAGGGAACAUGUUCCAUGGUAUCAAGGGGUAUGCCGGGUCAAUUGAAGCAGUUCUCCAAUCGCAACUAUCGUUUGUCAAAGAAAGUUCAGCCCCUGGUCGACUUUCCGGCAGAGGGCUUCUUCGACGAGCACGGACCGCUAAAAGCACUCGGGACACACCAGAGGACGACGAGGCCGAGUGGCACCUCAAGCAAAAGCAACCGCAGGUGGAAAUGGCCAAGCUCAACGGUCUACAUAGCAAACUGCAGGCCGAUUUGUUCUACUCCAAAGAUGAGAUCGCAUGGGGUAAGCUGUCAGCUAAGGAUCUGAAUGACAUCGAGCAUCUUCUGCGAAGUCUUCUCCUUCCACUUUCUGGAAUGUCCAUGUUGCCUGAAAUAUUGGAGUCAAUUGUCAACAAUGAGACUAGCGACGACAAGACCGCCGAUCUUGAUGAUCCCGACGAAGGGGCUUUGAAGCAUUCGGAAAUUCAAAGAGUAGUGGAGACGCUGCACGAACGGCUAGUGGAUUCCUCAAAGCUUGUUCAUCAAGGUCUUGACUACUUUUUGCUGACAUUAGAACUUCUCAAGCCCAAACAUUUGCAGAAGCAAAAAAAGGCUCACGGUACAUCGGCUGCUAUUGACGAGGAAUCAAGGGGCGAAACUCUAUCGCCGCUCGACCCCAACUUUCCUUCACGAUAUGAAGAGGAGUUGCGUGAAUACUAUUCUCGUCGAAAGCACUUACCACAGGCACUAGCGUCUCUUGAGGCAUUUUCAGCAUCGGAGAAACAUGACGCGGAUCCAGCCUCAACGCAAUCGGCGCAAAUUGCAGGAGAUCCUGAUGUGCAACAGGAAUUCUUCAUGAUCUUGUACAUGGGUCAUCUACAGGAUGACAUGCUGAACGCAACAUUGCAGCUGGUACAGUUUGCAACCAGCAAAAUUACCGAUGGUACAAUGAAGCGCAACAGGCUCAUUUUCCCCAAACAAAAGUCUAUUCGAGCAUGGCUGUCAUUGAGUCACGAAAAGAAGCAACCCGAGACUUCGUCGGAAAGCAGACAGUCGUCCAAUGUCAAUCCCUCCACGAUCUACCAUGAGCAACCUUCGACAAGGUUUCCGGAUUCCGAACACCUCCCGCCGGAGAAUGUCUGGGAAAAAGGAAGCACGAUCCUACGUACCAUUUCCCACGUCAUUAAGUCUGAUCAGAGCAUGUUUGGGUUCCGCGUUGCUGCAGCCUCAUUGUCCGUCGGAAUACUUGCCUUCUUGCACCAGACGCAGGAUUUCUUCAUUCGGCAGAGAUGUAUCUGGGCUAUGAUUGUGAUCGUCAUUGGGAUGAAUCCAACAAGCGGUCAAACCAUGUUUGGCUUUGUUGCUCGGAUCGUCGCAACAACGAUUUCGCUUGUGUUGAGCUUGAUAGUAUGGUACAUUGUCGAUGGUAAGACUGCUGGGGUGAUAGUGUUUCUCUACAUUGCCAACGUCUUCGAGUAUUAUUUCUAUAUCAAACUCCCACAAUAUUUCGGAGCGUCUGUCAUCUCUAUCGUCACUCUCAAUGUGAUUAUUGGCUACGAGCUACAGGUCCGUAAACUUGGAUUCCCCGAGGCGACAUCGAAUGGCCAGCCAUACUACCCCAUCUACCUGUUUGGGCCAUACAAACUGGCAGCUGUAGCCGCUGGGUGCGCUAUCUCAUUUUUCUGGGUGAUAUUCCCCUACCCAAUCACUGCCAAAUCACAACUUCGCAAGUUGCUUGGGCGAAGUCUCUUCGUUCUCGCCAAAUUUUACAGUUGCAUGCAUACCACAAUCGAACUAUGGUUCAGUGACGAGCUCGGGAUCCUGACAGAUCCCAGUGCUCCAGCUCAUAGUCUCCAAGCGUCACGCCACAAAAUGUUCAAGGAAGAAAUGCACCUCCUCGCCGGUCUCCGCGCACAUAGCCACUUCAGCACCUUCGAGCCGCCUAUCGGAGGCAAGUUCCCAAAACAAAUCUACGAUAAUAUCAUUGCCGAGAUCCAGCGCAUCUUGACCAGCAUUUCACUUAUGGCACAUACAACACAAAGUCUGGAGGCACUGGUCGUGGAAUCUGAGAACUCAUCAUCUGGAACCGACAAUCAGUGGAUGACACAGUUAGCAGAGAUAGCGCUGAAGUCGACGGAUUUCAACUCCCACCGCAUUACAUCCCUACUAUGCCAUCUUUCAGCUGCAAUUACGAACGGCCAGCCUUUGCCGCCCUAUCUCUCUUCGCCGGACACCUUCCCACUUGCUCGUCAAAUGCAUCAGAUCGAUGGAGAGUUACUCAGCAUCCGCCACAUCGAGGACCCGGCCUUUUCGGCGUUUGUGUCGCUGGAAGUCCUGAGGUCGGUAAUUAGUUUCAGUCUCAAAGACUUGAUUGAAAACGUGAAGAAGUUGGUUGGCGAAAUCAAUUUUGACUUCUACGUCCGAAAUACGGAACAGUACGCAGAGACAUCCGGGUUGAUGUCUCGUUCUCAUAAUGAAUCAUGA